CCCGCCCCGGCCGGCUGGCGGACGGUGGCCGACAGGCCGUGGCGCCGCUGGCGCUCAGGGCGAUGCAGCUGCCACCCGCGCUGCACGCACGCCUGGCGGGGGCACCCGGGUCGGCCGAGCCUCUACCCGUGGAGCGGGACCCCGCGGCCAGGACCGCGCCCUUCCGCUUCGCGCCGCGCCCGGUGCGCUUCCCACGGGAGCACGACUUCUUUGAGGAAGGGGACGUGCAGCGGCACCUCUACCUCCAGGAUGUGCUCACGCAGGUGGGCGGGGCGCCCGAGAGGCCCAGGGUACCUGAGUUCACGUGUCAGGUGGCCGGCUGCUGCCAGGUGUUCGACGCCCUGGAGGAUUACGAGCACCACUACCACACUCUGCACAGAAACGUCUGCUCCUUCUGCAAGCGGGCCUUCCCUUCUGGACACCUGCUGGACACCCACAUCCUGGAGUGGCACGACUCCCUCUUCCAGAUUCUGGCCGAGCGGCAGGACAUGUAUCAGUGCCUGGUGGAGGGCUGCACAGAGAAGUUCAGAACCAGCAGAGACCGGAAGGAGCACCUGGUGAUGCGUCAUCUCUACCCUGCGGACUUCCGCUUCGAUAAACCAAGGAAAAGCAGAGGCCCAGUCAUGCCCGGUGCCGCUGAGCAGGUGUUGGCAGAAGCCCUGGGGGAUGACGGGGUGCCGUCGGAAGGCGACGCCAUGGAAGUCUGCUCUGAACACGUGGAGCCCCCACCAGCACCCGCGGGAGAGAGGCGGGCCUACAGCCACAGGGAGAUGAACUCGUGUCCUUCAGCUGCCCUCGCACAGUUGCCCAGAAUUUGGCCUGAGAGAUACCAUCUACCAUCUGUUUUGGUCAAGGUGCCUCACGAGGAUUUAAACGGACCAAGAAGAGAAAUAAGCACCAGUAACGGCGGUUCCUCUGCGGCCCUGUGGCGGUGUUGCCGGGCUUUUCCUCCCCGCCACGGGGGCCCCAGGACCCUGGCCCGUGCCACCCUCCAUGUCGCGGGCCUGUGACCGACUGAACGAGGCCGGUGGCUAUGUGGGAAGCGGUGGGGGAGCCGCGGAUUCCGGGAAGGGCCCUCUCGUGCGGUGACUGGGGUGUGGGGAGCAGCCCCCGUCCCCCAACGUCCUUGUGAAACACGUGGAGUAAAUGGUUAUCAUUAACGGUC